CCCAGAUCCUGUGUUCGACCUAUUCGGCUCACCUCCAGCAUUUACCUCGAAUCCCGUAUUCAACUCAGAAACCUGUAUUCAGCCUACACCUCAUACUAAGCCUAAACCCCGUGUUCGGCCAAUUCGACAAGAUAGUGGUCAUGCUUUUGAACAUCGAAUUGCAAGUUUAUUAAACAGAAAUGGAAUUAAAGCUCACGUUUUUCCUUCUGAACAAGGAGAUAAUGGAAUUGAUAUUAUUGCUACAUAUAAUAGACAAAUUAUUCUUAUUCAAUGUAAGAAUACUGUUAAACUUCUUGGUGUUAAAAUUUUGAGAGAUUUUCAAGCUUCGGUUCACCGAUUUGGAGAUGCGAUAUUAAGUGUUGUUGUUUAUAAUAGUAAGAAAUUAAAAUAUAACCCUUUG